GUACAAUUGGAUUUGCUAUUUUUAGUUGUUAAGAUUGACUCUUAAAUUUUGAAGGAGAACCAGCAAUAUAUUAGGGCAUCAGUUUAUUUGUUUGGCGACAGCCUUGAUCUGCCGUCAAAAGAUCUGUGACCCCAAAAGUUUGUCUUUUCAUCCAGCUUCUGAGAGACAAACCUUGAUUUUGAUGAAAUCCAAAACAGAGCUCUAAUGCCAGAGCUGCCUCCUCCUCCCGGGAGGAUCCCGGGUAACGGCGGAAUCAGAGAGGCACCAUCAUUGCUAUUUUCUGAUUUCGCUCCAAAGGAACAUGCCCUCGAAAGGGUUCCAGAGGUGGAGGAGGAGGAGGAGGAGAAGGAGAAGGAAGUAGUAGAGAUCUACCAUGUGAAAAGCGCUAGCUCUGAUAACUUCAUGGAAUACGAAGAAGAACGGGCCCGGAGAAGAAGGUGUCCGCCAUGUUUCCGCAUGUGCUGCGCAUGUACAUGCCUAAUAGUUUCCCUCUUCCUCCUAAUCCUCUUAAUCGUAGGGGUAUCCCUGGUCUCCUCGGUCAAAUCCUCAUUGCCUCUGGUGAACGUCGCAAACCUCAGGUUCCCGAAAAUGGAGUUCAACGGAACAUCGGCAGAGCUCGUGCUGAACGCGGACUCAAUCGCAGUCCUUCAGUUCUCCAACAAAAACGACAAGACCGUGCUGUAUUACAGCGCCAUGACAGCCGACGUAUCGUCAGAGAGCAUUGAUCUGGGACAUACCAAGAUUCAAGGGUUCAGACAGGAUCCGGACGAUGUCAGGACCGUGAGGAUCAGCACAAGGGUCAGGAAAUCGAGCGUGUACGACGUGGAUGCGACUCUCUUGAGGGACAAACUGAAGAGGUUUGAGGCAGUUGUUGACGUGUUCUUGAGCGGGAAAAUGGGUUUGGAUUUCUGGGGCGUUAGGAUCAAUUUACCAACUGUGAUUGCUUGCGAAGAUGUGAAUCAGAACGAAGUGAUUCAGGGACUCAAGCCUAAAUGCCAUGUCCUAAUCUUUGAGAAGAGGUAAGGGUAACGAGGAUUGCCAUUGAAUCCAAGUUCAGAUUCGGUCCAAAUCUUUGUUCUUGUUUCUUCCUGUUCAUUUUUUUUGCCCCCUCUUGUAGCUGUGAUACGUUGUAAUUUAGAAUCGCUCAAUAAUACAAGAAAGAGUCCCAAAAAAGAAUUAAAUUUUCCC